AUGUUCCCAGUCAGAGAAAAUAAGAAACGGCCGCGAGAAACAGCGGAGAAUGGAGAAGGACCAAGCGCAACAUUGUCCGAAAUUUGCAGUUUCUGUCGCGGAUCACCAACCGCCCUCCAAGUGCUAGUUCCAGUUCGACAUCGAAAGAAGCGAGUUCCAGCGUCUUAUUGUGUUUUCUGCUAUUACACAACAUCAGUGGUUCGACUAGAUGCAGAUAAAUUUGUAGCUGUGUACGACCAAUCUCAGCUAGACGAACAGCUACCUUCCGUCCAAAAGAUAUUUGGUGAGGUAUUUGUUGAAAUUCGAAAGGAGCUUGAGGUUGAAUCGGAACGCGCCUUUCAGAAACAAAAGGCUGAUCCUUUGGCGAUGCUUCAUCGUGCUCCAAAUAGAAAGCUAAAGGCACCACCAAUGGGACCAGAUAAAAAGGCUGGCAAGAAAGCAGAUGGAGGAUUCUUACGAGACAUACCGAUUCCAGAACGCCUCCUGCAAACACAACAACGACAGGCUGAGCUACAACGAGCUCAAACUGAACGUAUGAACCGAGUAGCAAGUCAAAAUGAUGAGUCUGUCAGCUUAUUUCAACGACGCAAAGCGUCAAAGAAAUCUAUUUGGAAUCUUGCCAUGGAAACUUCCAAACAAGCUAGCACUAAGCCAAUUUCUUCCAUCAACGAAAUGGCAAUCGAAGCGUCGGCAACUUGCUCUUCAUGUGGAAGUACAAAUAUUCGUAGUUUCGGGAAUAUUACUAGUCGCAACCAAGAUAUGAGAAAGGGUGAAACUUGGGGUAUGAAAGAUAGAGGCGGCGAGGUUGUGUCAAAGUAUCAGUGCAACAGCUGUGGGAAGACAUGGCAUGAGGAAGACUAA